CACUCAUUUCUCUCUUUCUCUCCUCUCUCUCUCUCUUCACAUUCAGGUCUCUCUCUCUCUCUCUCCCUCUCCUUCUCGUCCUCGCCGCCGCUCCACAGUUGCCGCCCACCACCACCGCUACACUGCUGUUCUGAGACGGAGGGAGCUACGCACGCGGCAGCGUUGCUACGCCACUGCUGACUCGCCGGGGAAGAAGACGCUCUUCUGGCUCGGCACAUUUGACUCCGCCGCACCGCCUCCACCAGUCCGACGCUCCGCAUUCCCCGGUCCGACUCGCCGCCUCCCUGGUUCGACGCUCCCUCGGAAGCCUCCCCCUCCGUUCGCCUACAUCAGCGCCUCCUCUGUACACCUGAAUUCGAGUCCGCCCCACCCCUGAAUUCCAAUUCGCCUCGCCGGAGUCAUUGCAGCGGCUGGGCAGAUCUGGCGCGGCCGUGAGCUACCCACUGAACGGCAGAUCUGGCGCGGGCAAUAGAGGAUGGGGUCGGACGGCGGUGGGUGGCGUGGGGUCGGACGGCGGUGGGUGGCUGCAGCAGCUGGGCAGAUCCAGUGUAGAUCCGGCUGGGCAGUCCGGUCAAAGCAGAUCCGGUCGAAUUCUAUAUCAAUCUCUGUCUCUCUCUCUCUUCCCCGGUCAAAGCAGAUACGGGCAGACCACUUUUCUUUCUUUCUCAAAUUGAGGAGUAAUUGGAUGUUUUAUAUCCAAUUCCAUCGGAUUUUAAUACCUCAGAUACAUUGCGGCGGAGCAAGUCAAUACGGCGGUCUUAGCAAGGCCGGCGAGGAGGGAUUCACGAGCGCCGAUGCGGCAAUAGAGGAAACUAUUAAGCCAACAAGCAAGCACACAAUUGAAGUGCCAAUUGCUAAGGUUGGUAUGCAGCGACUGCGAGAGGUAAAAACACAAGCAGUAGAUUAUCUGAUCCUGUUGAUUGUCGGAGCCUCCUUGGGCUCACUCAUCAAAGCGAAUGAUGAAACCUUCGGUUUUAGUGCUUAUACAUAUACGAUUAUUGCUGUUUAAGAUUAAGUAUUAGGGAUCUGAUCUCCAACACUCCUGUUUACAGUUCAGCUACUGAUGUAUCAGGAGAGGGACUAAGUUUGGUGUUGAGGCGAUGGGCUAGCAAGAAAAUGGCCGGAUCUACGAAAAAUGGCCGUGACUCAUUGCCCAAGCUUUUCAUCCUAUUUGGUGAAAAAGGUUGCUAGACAUGUUGAAAGCUAAAAACAAGUUCUUGUGUUUUGAUUGCUUAGAUGUAAUAUGUUGUCACUGACUGCAGCACUGAAUUGAGUUAUGCUUAAUAGGGUGUUAGUAUUGUCUCAGUCGAAAUAAUACAUUGCAAUAGUGAGUGGUGUGAAUUCCAUGAUAUUAUUGUAUUUAAAUGGUGAUUUUUGGCGUAGAUUUGGUUUCUUGGACGUAGAUUUGGUUUUUUGGCGUAGAUUUGGUUCCUUAUGUAUUGUAACUUCGAUCAACCGUUCAUCUUUGUAUUGUCUACUUGUUGAGAUGAUGAUGUGUAA